AAAGCUGACAGGUCCGACUUUUUUUCCAUAUUCCCUGUGAAUCACUUAUACACAUCAACAAAGAUGGCCACCGUAUUCAAAACAGCCGAAAAGGCGAAAGGAUCGUCCGAGAACAAAGUAAAAGACAAACGAAUUAACAAGCAGCGAGUAAUGCUGCUUGCUUCGCGUGGCAUUGUCUUCCGCUACCGUCAUUUGCUUACCGAUCUCGAAGGCAUUAUGCCCCAUUCCAAAAAAGAUUCCAAACUCGACACAAAGGACAACUUGUUUGUUUUGAAUGAACUUGCCGAUCUAAACAACUGCAACAACUGUAUCUUUUUCGAAGUGCGCAAACGCAAAGAUUUGUAUUUGUGGAUGUCCAAGACGCCCAAUGGACCUUCUGUCAAAUUCCACGUUCAAAACUUGCACACGAUGGACGAAUUAAAAAUGACCGGCAACUGUUUGAAGGGCUCACGCCAUAUCCUCUCGUUCGAUAAGACGUUCGACUCUGCACCACAUUGGCAAUUAUUAAAGGAAUUGUUAUCUCAAGUUUUCAACGUUCCCAAAGGAUCGCGCCGAUCGAAACCUUUUAUUGAUCACGUCCUGACGUUCUCUAUUGCUGAUAACAGAAUUUGGUUUAGAAAUUAUCAGAUUGUUGAAAAGAACAAGGAAAACACUCCAGGCUUCACCACAAAAGACAAGGGCGAUGUGUCACUUGUUGAGAUCGGCCCACGAUUCUGCUUAACGACGAUCCGUAUAUUUGAAGGCUCGUUUGGCGGACCUACCGUAUUCGAGAAUCCAGAAUUUGUGCACCCCAACUUUGUCCGUUCUGCCAUGUUGAAAGAAAAGAAGGAGAAAUACGCAAAGCGUCAGCAAGCCAUGGGUGAGCGCAAGGUCAGAAUCAAGAACUCUGAAGGCCAAGAGUCUGAAUUAAGCAACAAGAAUGUUUUCCAAUAAUAAACAUAAGGAGGGAUUGCCCCCUUCAGUUAAGGAGAGAAUUAUUCAUAAUUAUAUAUUGUAUACACUAUGUAAAUUUAGAGAGAGAGAGAGAGAGACAAAGAGAAAGACAUCUUCAAUGCUGUUGUAUUUCAGUGUAUGUGAUCA